UUUUUGUCAAAACUGUCUUGGUCUUGUUUAUAUGGUUAUUUUCUUGAUGCAAAAUCUGUUAUAUAUGAUGUUUGCAAGAUAUGAACUAAUUUCAUAUUUAUUAUAUAUAACUUAAAAUUUUACACAUUAUUUAAGUAUAACUCUAUUGAAUACUCUAUUUGUUUCAUAUUAAUUAUAGUUUUAACUUUUAAAUUUUAUUUCAUUACCGGUAUCGUUUUACAUUUUCAAAGUAAAUAUUAAAUAUUUUUCAAACUUUUGCCCUUACUUUUAAUUUAUUAAUAAAUAAAAUCAAAGAAACUAAUGUAUUAAAUAUGGAUAAAACAGAAAAUUUAGUUAUUAUUUUUAAUUCAUGUGCAAAACCUUAAACGACAAUAUAAAGAAAGAGGGAAUAUUUGAUAAAUCGUUUCAUGAAUAUUUCAGUUAAUUAUUAAGUGUCAUAAAUUGUCACUGUUUAAUAGUUUUUGAAUUUCUUAUGAUUUGUCCGUAAGAUUUUAGGAAAAAAAACAGAAACAAGAUAAGUCUUGAGUUCCAAAUUUUAAAUAACUAACAUGUGUCCAACUAGUUCCAUAUCAAGAAUAAUCCAAAUAAAAAGAGCCUAUAUUCAACAAUCAUAAUAACAACUAGUUCCGCACUCAUUCAUAAUUUGUGCGUAACACUGUUACCAAAACAUGCGACGCUAUAAGCUCCAAAAAUAAAGAUUGCUAAAAAAAGAAAAAGAGAUCUAUGAAUGAACUCAACGAAUGGUCCCACCCCGCACCAUUCCAAAAAUAUUUGAGUGUAUAUAUAUCUCUUCUUAUAGAUCAUUGUCUUUAUAAACCCCUUUUCACAUGUUCUUUCCUCAUAACAUCAAUAGCCUAGAGUACAAAACCUAUUUUCUCCCAACUUGCAAGCUUCAUGCUCUUAUCACUCCUUGGAUUCCUUGCUCCAUCAAUUCGUUCAAACUAUAUUAUAGUUCCUUUCAAAUUGUCUUGUUCAAAUUGUGUUGUACGUAUACACACACACGUCUUGUUCUUUGGGGUUUGUGUGUGAGUACAUAGUUUAUUGCAAAAGUGGAUAUAUAGGAUGUAUGGAAAGGGACCGGCUCCACCGGAAACGUCGGCGGAGGAGUAUCCAUCUUGGAAUGAGUCUGAUGUCACCGCUAUGAUGUCCUCUUUCAGCAAUGUCAUCGAGUAUCCGGCAGCCGACGGACACAAAAUGUCAGACCCGCCGGUCAAACAAGAGCUUGAUAAGUCGGAUCAACUACAACAAGACCAAGAUCAACCAAGAAAAAAACACUAUAGAGGCGUAAGGCAGCGACCAUGGGGCAAAUGGGCGGCCGAGAUCCGUGAUCCAAAGAAAGCUGCUCGUGUAUGGCUCGGGACUUUUGAGACAGCAGAGGAAGCCGCUUUAGCCUACGACCGAGCCGCCCUCAAAUUCAAAGGCACCAAGGCUAAGCUCAACUUCCCUGAACGCGUCCAAGGUCCUUCGACCACAAGCUACGUCGCAUCUCAAUCCAGCUGUGAUCAUCCCCCAAGAGGUGGCAAUGAAUUAAUGAACACCGCCCCUCCUCUGCUUGGUCCAUCUACUACUCCUACUUCGUGGCCAGCGGAUUAUAAUCAGGACAUACUUCAAUACGCUCAGUUGCUUACGAGUAACAAUGACGUUGAUUUAUCGUACUACACGUCGAGUCUCUUUAGUAGUCAGCAACAGCCUUUCUCAACGCCUUCAUCAUCAUCUUCUUCCUCGUUAACUUCUCAACAGAUGCAACAGCAGCAGCAGCGUGAAGAGGAGAAGAACUAUGGUUACAAUUAUUAUUACUACCCAAGAGAAUAAUCUCAUUAUUAUUGUUGGUCGAAUAAGUUUCUUAUAAAUCUCUAUCAUAAAUUCGUAGAAGCGAGUAAAUUGCAACGAAACUUUGGUUGGAUGAGAGACGUGUGUAACACUUUGUUUUUUCUUAAUUGUUAGUAAAAUUUGAAAAUACUGAUCAGUCAUGUCUUAUGUGUAAAACAAUGUUUAAUUAUUAAUAAAAAUCAGUCACUUCGUGUGAACCCUC